GUGGCGGCCAGGUAUAAAUGGGAGGACGCUAGGUGCUGAGGGCAGUGUAGUCUCGACAGCUUCGACACAAUGAACGCCAAGAUUCUUCUUUUCCUGGGUCUGGUAGCAGUGGUCGCCGCUGACAAGCGCCCCUCCUUCAGCUACGGUCCACCAGCGGCACAUCCUGACGACUCCGAUGAGGUCGUUGAACCACCCAAGUACGGCUACGAGUGGAACGUCCAGGACGGUGAGACUGGCAACGACUUCGCCCACCAGGAGGCUCGUGACCUCGAAAACACCAAGGGAUCGUACACCAUUCAGCUCCCCGACGGUCGUCGCCAGACUGUGACUUACUACGUGGACGGUGACUCUGGCUUCGUUGCCGAUGUCCAGUACUCUGGAGAAGCUCGCUACCCCGACUCCAGUGAGGUCGGCAAGUACCAAGCACCAUCUGCACCUAGGCCAGUGUACGGUGCACCUAACUAAGUCACCUGUCUCUCAAAGUCUUCUCUCGGCAGUCUCCAGAAUCAAUAACCCGCCAACCUGCACUCAGGCUAUCUCCGCACCAAACUCAAACAUCCCGCCAACAUGUGUAACUAACUCAAUGCUCUGCCUUACACCAAAUUCUCUACCCAUAUCAAACCCCUUGUUUUUUUCCUAUAGUGACUUGUAAUCUGUAAUCUUGGCGUCAAAUUCUAUCUUCUAUCACACUGAUACUAUCUUAACUUCAGCCUUCAACUUCUGUGUCGAAGCCACAAUGAGCUUCCUGUGUAUAUAAUUUAUUGAAUAAAUCAAAUCUCCGA